AAAAAAAGCUGUGACUGAAAAAAUAGAAACGGCAAAACUACCACGUGGUGUCAUAACCACGUGACGAAACAGGAAAUGUGCUUCUUGCGCUUGCUCACACAUUGCAUUGUUGUCGUCUGUCGCUAAAACAUUUGACGUAUAAAUUAUGGAAGUUACAUCAGCGAUGGCUGAUGAAGUGGAUUACUUGAAGACACAGCUAGGAGAGAAAGAGAAAGAGAUUGCUGCUCUGAAGACUAAACUGGCCGCAUUCGAAAAGAACAGCACUUCAGUCCCGCAGCUACUUGACAGAGUGACUCCGCUCACUCCACUAAAAGCCAAAGCAGCUCUCUCCAAUGAAGACAUCAUGAGGUACAGCAGGCAGCUCCUUCUACCAGAGUUGGGUGUGCAAGGACAGCUGAACCUAUUCAAGACAUCCGUACUGAUUGUAGGUUGUGGAGGACUGGGCUGUCCUCUGGCUCAGUAUCUAGCAGCAGCGGGUAUAGGGCGUUUGGGUCUACUGGACUAUGAUGAGGUGGAGCUCAGUAAUCUGCAUCGACAAGUGCUACAUGGGGAGGAGAACCAGGGUCAGACUAAAGCUCGGUCUGCAGCCAAUGCAGUUAGAAGGUUGAACUCAACAGUUGAGUGUGUUCCUUACCACCUGCAGCUUUCACCUGAGAACGCCUUGCAACUCAUUCAACAAUAUGACAUUGUGGCUGAUUGUUCAGACAACGUCCCCACUCGUUAUCUUGUCAAUGACGCCUGUGUGCUGAGUGGCAAGCCUCUAGUAUCAGCAAGCGCUCUCAGAAUGGAGGGACAGUUGACCUUAUAUAACUAUGAUGGAGGCCCUUGUUACAGAUGUCUUUACCCAGUACCCCCACCCCCAGAGACAGUGACAAAUUGUUCUGAUGGAGGAGUGUUAGGAGUGGUUCCAGGCAUCAUGGGAUGCUUACAAGCGUUGGAGGUGCUCAAGAUAGCCUCUGGUCAUGGCUCUUCCUGUGGCCAGCAGCUGGUGACGUUUGAUGCUCAAAGUGCUAGGUUCCGGUCCAUCAGGUUGCGGCCCAAGCAGUUGGGAUGUGUAGUCUGUGGGGAAGAACCUUGCGUAACCCAGCUAAUCGACUACGAAGCCUUCUGUGGGUCUGCCGCAACAGAUAAGUGCCGCAGACUCAACCUCUUGUCCAAAGAGCAGAGAAUCACAGUGCAGGAUUACAAAUCCAUUGUGGACAAUGCAGAGCCCCAUCUCCUGUUAGAUGUGCGCCCUCUUGUGGAGGUGGACAUUUGCAAUUUACCCAGCUCUCUCAACAUACCACUGUCAAGUUUAGAAGAGAAGAAGAGUGAACAUAUGCAGUUACUCCAGGAGCGCAUUGGCCAAUUGAAACAGCAGAUUGAUGGUGUCUGUUGGCCUCCAGUUUAUGUGAUUUGUAAGAUGGGCAACGACUCCCAGAAGGCUGUGCGGAUUCUGGGGAAGAUGAGUGGAACAGAAGUAGACAAUAUCAAAGUGAAAGAUAUCUGCGGAGGCCUGAUGGCAUGGGCGCAGUGGAUCGACCCCAAAUUCCCGCAGUAUUAACAUGUUACCUGUAUGUAUACUGUAUGUUUUCUAAAAAAAAAAUAAACUGUCA